AUGGCUACGACUGUGAUGGCGACGGCCCUCACCACGCCCUUCGUCCAGCCAAGCGGGUGUACCUCCGCUGUCGAGCUCACCACCAUCACGAACAGCGCGCUGGGCACGCCUACAACCAUCACAGUCCUGGCAUCCGAUGCUGCAGCCCCAGGAAUUUCCUCCUGCCAGCCCUCCGGAUGGAAUUCAGGCGCCAAAGAUGACGAUCUGUUCACCUUCAGCCCCGCCGUCUGUCCGCAGGACUGGACGUAUUACGAAAUGUCAUCGACAAAGCACUACUCCGCGGCAUACUGCUGCGCCAGGUAUGGUGAUUCCGUUCCACUUCCAUCUCUAACCCCCUCACCUAUUUAUCUACUCUCCCCCGUUACUGACCAUGGCAGCGGUUUCACCUUCCGAGCUGAAGGGUACGCCCUGCCGACAUCUGCUCUCAGCCCGGCGUGUGGGCGGACGAUCAGUGCCGGGGAAACGACGAUCACAGCCCCACUGGCAUCGCGCACAGAUGCCACAGGCACCUUCACAGAGGGAAUGAUCGUUCAUCGCGCAUGGCACGUCACAUGGGCUGAGUCGGACACGGCGACCAUGUCCCCCUCGUUGCCACCGUUGACGUCGGGCAAGUACCUCGCCAGCUGGGAGCCCGGACAGGUGAUCCCUGACGGGGCAUAUGACCGGCACAACGGGCAUAAUAGCGGGGUCUCAGGAUGGAGCUCGGUGCUGUAUUUCGCGGCAAUCGGCGUCCCGCUUGUUGCGGUGGCUAUUCUGGCUUGUGGGGCAUGGCUUUGUAUCCGGAGGCGCAGGAAGCGUCGUGCUGGACAGGCCGCAGGGAAUAUGGAGCUCCGGCCAAAAUGA